CGUGCGCAUAGAUAACUCGUGCGCAUAGAACAAUAUCCGCGGGCUGCACUUGUGAUUUUGAAUAUUUAUUUUCACAGAUUAUUUAAUUGAAAUAAUCGCUACUUUUACUUAAUUUUAAUUGCAUACAUAGAACAGAACAAUUCCAAUACUUACAUUUAUUUAAAGAUAUAUUACGAAAUACGAAUAUUUCGGAACACCGCUGUUUUUAUUUUAUAUUAACCUCAAAACCAAAACAAAUAGCUAUGACUAAAAUGUCUCUCAAAGAAUUAAAGAAACAUAUAAAAUACAUGGACACCAGUGACCCUGCUUGUAUGGAUAUUAUUAAAAUUUAUUUUGAAGAUCUUGAAAACGAAGACAACGCUUUUAUGGAGUUGCUUCUAUAUAAAUUGGAAAAUGAAGAAAUCACAUGGCCACAACCAUGGUAUCAACAAACAAAAUGUUUGACAAGACCAGUGAAGGAACCAGAUGAAAUACCCGAUGAAACAUUUUGUACUGGCAGCAUGACCAAAGAAGAGAUUGAUCGUAUACAUAAAAAUUGGACAAAAUUUAGAAAGAAAUAUGACGUUCCCGACAAGAUCAUCUGUUUCGCACGAUGGAGAAAUAAACGAAAAUCAAAAUAUGUCAGCGAGGAAUAUGUCCGACAUUUUGUAAUAUCGUACCUGGCGCGGGGAGUGAAACGAAAUCUAUACCAAAUAUUAAGGCACGUUAUGACUCAUUACGGUGGUCCUGUGAAGGGCGAUUAUACUCCUCUAGAAGAAAAUAUUAUGGAAAUUUGCUUUCGACAUCAACCUAAAAAUGCUGUAAUAAUAUUAUCUAAAGUGCUUGGGCGGGAGCCACGAGGAAUUUAUAAAAGAUUAGGCUAUAAUAUUGAUGGAAAACCGGAAAAGAGAGAAAAAUUAAAAUGGACAUUGCCAUUGGCAACUAAGUUUUUAAAGUUAUUGAUGGAGUAUUCAAACUGCUCUGUGGAAGAGCUUAAGUAUAAGAAAAUAGACGUGUCCAUUUGGUUGAGACUCGAAGAGGAUAUGGGGCAGCAUUACCGUUAUUUACAAGCCUUUUGGGAAUUUAAACUUCAUAACCAGCUUUUUGUUAAAGAAUAUAUAACUAUGAGAGCGCUGAGAAAACGUAUUUUUAAAAUAUUAAAGAAGUCUACAUAUGCAGUGUGGCAUGACAUACGAUGGAAAGAAUUAUUGAAUGAGUUUGCAGAUGGUUACACUCAUCACUUUAUAUACAACACAGCAUACCUUACAGUUAAACAUUUCCAUAAUUUAUUGAGAAGACCUUUAGAAGAAGUUGUAAAUUAUGCAUUAGCAUAUAUAAAAAUUAAUCGAUUGCGUUAUACAAUGCGUCUUAGAACUUUGAAAUUAAAUGAAGAGGGUAAUUUGGAACCAGUGCUGUACAAUUAAUAGAACAUCUAUAAUCGUUGUUUUUGUGUAGUGAUGCGUAAAUAAUAAUGUGAAAAUGUGUUGGAAUUACAUGCAUAUAGGCUUUACCACGACUCGCAUUAACGCCCACAAUACAAGUCUUCGAACAUGUUAUUAGACUAAUUGCUUCAAGUACUUCCUAUAAAUUUACACGAUUAUGCACAUGAUUACGAGUAUGUUGCUAUUAGUGGGCUGUAACAUGUAAUUACAAUUAUACAUACAAAAUGUGUAUCAAUUUCCCCAUAAUAUUUUAUUGAAUACAGUUGGCCUGUAUGUCACUUGCAUUAUAUUUUAGUGUGGAAUAUGUUACCAAUUAUUAAUGUGAUUGCUAAUCGACAAAUGUAAAAGCAGGAUGGACCUACAGUACACUUCUUAAAAUAUGAUUUUGAAAUAUGUUUCAUUGUAUCCUAAAUUAUUACACGUUACUGUAUGAUAAAAACGUGAUAAUAAUAAUUUCUAAAUAGUACACUGACUGAUUCAUAUUUUACCAAAUAAAACACAGUAUUUUUUUCAUGGAUGAUAAUGGAAUGGUGCACCCGCCUGCGCUAACAGUUUACGCUAGCGGAGACCCAGUGGAGGAUGAUAUUAUGAGCAUGAGGUUAUGUCAGUAAGCCCAUCGUGGUAAAUUUACCAUGAAUUUAUUAACAUGAUUUCCAGGGGGCACCACGUGGAGGUCCACCUGACAUGGUACAUUGCUAGCAAUGGUGGUUAUUAGUCCACAUUACGAACAAUCCCCUUUCGCCCACUUUUAUAUAUAUAUAUAUAUUUUUAA